AUGGCUCAGGAAUGCCUUCUGGAAGAGCAGACAGCAGAGCUCAGCUGCCCUGUGUGCCUGGACUUGAUGACAGACCCAGUGACCCUGGAAUGUGGGCACCACUGCUGUGCCUCCUGCCUCCAGCAGCGCUGGCAGGACCUGCUGGACAUCUUUCCCUGUCCAGUCUGCCAGCACCACUGUGCCCACAGAAAACUGCACAAAAACAGGCAGCUGAGUGCCCUGGUUGACAUGUUGAAGCAGCUGCCCAGUACAAGGAGCAGGGAGCAGCAGCAGGAGCAGGAGCAGCUCCUGUGUGAGCAGCACCAGCAGGUGCUCAGCCUGUUCUGUGAGCAGGACCUGCAGCUGGUGUGUGUCCAGUGCAGGGUGUCCUGUGAGCAGCAGGGUCACCCCCUCACCCCUGUUAAAGAAGCUGCUGCUCAGCACAGGAGGAAGUUCAAAUCCCACCUGCAGACCCUGAAGAAGCAGCUAAAAGAUGCUAAAAGGGGACAAGAAAUGCAAAGCAAAGAAAUAACGGACUUCCUCAAGGAGGUGGCAAAGCAAGAGUAUGAAUUGCACCGGGAAUUUCAACAAUUUAAGCAAUCUUUGAGAAUCAGUCAAAAGAAAAUUGAUAAAAAGCUGCAAAGUAAGGAAAGACAGGCUUUCAAGAAAAUCACCGAAAUCAAAUCCCAGGUGUCACUUUAUGGCUCUGCACUGAAGAGUCUGCUGAGAGAAUUCAUCAUGUUCUGUUUGCAGACAGACCUGGAUCUACUGAUGAAUACUAGAAAAUUGAACCUCCAGAUUUUUAAGUUUAAACAGCUACAGGUCCCGGCCACCUUCUCAUACCAAUCUGAUGAGGUUGUUCCCAGUCUCCUGCCACAUUAUUUUGGUCUGCAUAACAUGAUCAAGUUUCAAGAGGAUUUGACAUUCGACCCGGAGACUGCCCACCCCUUUCUCACUGUACGUAAAGGAGGGAAAAAAGCCACAUUUUCUCAUGAAAGAAGAAAUCCCAAACCCAGAGCAUUUAUUUCUCUCAUAGCUGUCCUGAGUUGUGAGGGCUUUGAUGCAGGCAGGCAUUUUUGGCAAAUCAAACUCAAAGGUGUAAGUGUGUGGUCCCUAGGCGUGUGCAAAGAGUCUUUCCCCAGAGAUGCCCAGCUUCCACUGUCUCCAAGCAAUGGCUGUUGGCAAUAUCAGCAGCCCACAUGCAUACAGCCUGGCUCACAGAGAAUAAAAAUUCGUGUUGGCAUUUUUCUGGACUAUGAGUUGGGAGAACUUUCAUUUUACAAUAUGAAUCAGAAGUGCCACUUACAUACAAUCACUGAUACCUUCACAGACAGGCUGAUGCCCUAUUUCUCUGUUGAGCCUUCUUCCUCAUCAUCUGUCAUGAGAAUGAUAAAAGAUGAAUGCUGA